ACACGCCUAAACAUCUACGGUGGAAUAAUCAGAUCUGAUUCCGGAAAUCAACUACUUGUGGCUGACAGCUGCUAUCGGCUAUGGAACGCUUGUCCACUUUCCCUCGUGCACUUCGCUCAUCCUGCAUAUCGUAACGUGACACCAGCGAAUAACACGCAACCCUGGAACCUCUCCUCCUAGUCAAUAGUACCUACCAUGUUACCUGCAGAGGCCCGUAUUCGUGAUGAUGACUGGACCGGGACUACGGAUCCGGUUGAGCGACGCAGACGCCAGAACCGUCUGCAUCAAAGAGCUUGGAGGCGACGGAAGAAACUGGAACACAAAUCAGAAAGCCAAGAGAAAGCUACUACUAACACACCCGUACCGUCGCGUGUUGAUAAGAGCCUCCUUCAGAAGGUAGUCUUGAAUCAUAUCAGUGGUCAUCAGCGCAUGCCGAUCACAUUACAUCAGCUCCGCAACUGGCAGGCCUUCGGAGCGAUUCUAAAUGAAGCGCUAGGAGAUCCAGAAGCUACAUUUGCCGUCUGGGCCGAACUGAGAGCGUGGCGGAAAUGGGAGUUGAUAUAUGGUCUUUCACCUUCUGAUCUAUGCCAUUCUUUAGCUUUUCACCCUCCACCUUCUCUUGACACCAGGUCCAGCGAAAUUGAGAGCGUUUCAUCUCCUUCGAACGUUGAUUCCCUCUUGUUCUUGAGCGAAAAGUAUUUCCUUCACGGCUCAGAAUUCGAUAUUGACUUCCCCAUGUCUCUCGAUCAUAAACUCUUCGUUCUCAUCCAGCACAAUACCCUCCGAGGAAUUUUGACCAACAUGGCCAUUUUGAUACGCCUAAGUGGCCGUGACUUUGAAGUUUGGGAUGACUUUUAUACGGAAGACUUAUCCAGCCCACCGGAGAACUCGCCGCCUUGCUUGCAAUUUACAUAUCUACAACGAACCACGCCGCAUGAGUCCUGGAUAGAUGUAGUUCCUUCUGCGACCAUGCGAGAUAAUAUUAUCAGAUAUCAAGAUAGGAUCGACGCGGAUGAUCUCUGCUCUGACUUUCUCGGUGGCUUUUUCGAGGGAGAAAAUAACGUAUAUAAGCGCGGCAUGAUACUAUGGGGUGACCCGUGGCGGUCAAAUGCAUGGGAAUUGAGUGAAAACUUCAUAGGAAAGUGGUGGUUUCUGUUACAGGGUUGUGCUGACAUGCUUAUGUCUACUAACACUUGGCGUGCAGCCAGGGGCGAAAAGAAACUCGCCAUCAAGCUGUGA